AUGGCCAGAAAACGUCCUGAUGUUAUAACAACAACGGAAUGGGAUGCUCCAAUCAUAUGGGAAGGAACUUACAAAAGACAGAUUCUGGAAAAAUAUUAUAAGAGGUUGAACAUUACCAUAGGUUUGGUUGUAUAUGCUCCUGAAAAAUUUGCAAAUCGAUACCUGAAACAGUUCCUACAAUCUGCUGAAAAGCACUUUAUGGUUGGCUACCAUGUUAUUUUUUACCUUCUAAUUGAUGAUAAAAUAAACACGAAAUCACUUUUUUUAAAGUUAGGUCCCCUUCGAACAUUUAAAGCAUGUCAAAUUUACAAAGAAAAGGAAAUGGAUAUUGAUCAUUUUAUAUUCAUGAGUAACUUAAAUGCAUAUGUUAUAGAUGCCAUCCAGUUUGAAGUAAAUUAUGUCUUUAUUAUGGCUGUAAAUCAGAUCUUCAAGAGUGACUUCGGAGUAGAAACCCUGGGAAGAUCCAUAGCUCAACUUCACUCAUGGUGGUAUUUUCAAAAUACUAAACAUUUCCCUUAUGAGAGAAGAAAAAACGCAGCAUCUUUCAUCCCCUACGGACAGGGAGAUUUCUAUUACCAUAGUGCAAUUUGGGGUGGCACACCCCAUGAGGUUUUACACUUCACUAAAGAAUAUCAAAGAGGAUUUUAUCUUGACAACAGUGCUAAACUUAAUAGUGAGUAUGAAAAAUACCUGAACAAAUAUUUUUUUGAAAACAAACCCACUAAGCUACUAUCACCAGAAUACAAUUGGGAUCCAGGUUUUAAAACCCCUCCACAAAUUAAGCAAGUUAAGAUAGCAUGGCAACCAGAAAAUAGUUAAUCAUUUAUACAAUUAGGUUUGCUGAUUAACAACUGAAUCACAAUAAUACCCCAGAUGUAAAACUCAUGAAAU